UAGGAGGUGGCUGUGGAAUGGGGAGGGUGGAAAAGCAAGAGCAAAGAAUUUUCUUUCUGGACUUUGAUUGGGCGCGUUCUUGGAGAGAGGCCCGCUUCCCUCCCUCGGAUUGGUUGGGACGAAACCAAGUUCUGGUGGGGGCUGGAAGGAAGCUGGCCAUGGAGGUGUUGGAAGGUGGGGAGCAGGACCUGUUGCACUGGGAUCGAAAGCUGAGUGAGCUGUCGGAACCGGCCGACACUGAUGCCCUGCUCUACAACACGCACUUCACAGAACUCCUUGAUGAGUUUUCCCAGGAUGUUUUGGGGCAACUGUUGAACGACCCCUUCCUAUCGGACAAAAAUGAGAUGAUGGAAGUGGAGCUGUCGCCGGCUUCUCCAGCUCCCCUCAUCCAGGCAGAACACAGCUACUCUCUUUGUGGAGACUCUCGGCCCCAAUCCCCGCUCACCCACAUUUCAGCCGAUGACAAUUUCAACGAAGCCGACCUAGAAAGUGAAGAGUGGUGCCUCGGUACAGAGUUGACUUCAACGACCAUAAAGACAGAACCCACUGCAGGAGAGGUGCCAGGCCUUGCUCCCUCGGUCAGCCUCACCGUCGCACCCACUCCCAUGGCUCUGGAGGGGGAAGGACCUCAGCUGCAGGAUGAUAACAUGGCUAAACCGCUGAAUCACACAGCUCUUCCAGAGAUCAAGUUGGAGCCACAUGAAGUGGAUCAGUUUCUGAACCUUUCUUCCAAGGAAGUGAUGGAUACGCUACACAUGCCGCCAACCCCUCCCAGCAGCCACGGCAGCGAUUCAGAGGGCGGGCAAAGCCCAACCCGAUCUCUUCCACCGUCAAGUCCCACCCAGUUGCAAGCUGCUGCUAAAGUGACAUCGCGCAUGGCUUCAGCGCUGACCAAUUCCCCACUCUUAACAGCGCCACACAAACUGCAGGGCACAGGUCCCCUACUCUUGACAGAGGAGGAGAAGAGGACGCUGAUCGCAGAAGGAUACCCCAUUCCUACAAAACUACCCCUCACAAAAGCAGAAGAGAAAGCACUUAAAAAGAUCCGCAGGAAGAUCAAGAACAAGAUUUCUGCCCAGGAGAGCAGGAGAAAAAAGAAAGAAUACAUGGACAGUCUGGAGAAGAAGGUUGAGUCCUGCUCAAAUGAGAACAGUGAGUUGCGCAAGAAAGUGGAAGUUCUGGAAAGUACAAACAGAACACUCCUGCAACAGUUACAGAGGCUGCAAGCCAUGGUGGCUGGCAGAGUAUCCCGCUCGUAUAAAGCUGCCAGCACACAAACAGGGACCUGUCUCAUGGUGUUCGUAUUAUGCUUUGCAAUUAUUUUCAGCGGGGUCUCACAGAGUUAUGGGCCUAAUUCCUCCAUCACAAAGGCAGUACUGCCAACCCAACAUUCCACACCAGAAUCAUAUACAGCCUCUACAGUGAGGUCGAGGAGCCUGCUGACUUACGAGGGGCCUCAUCCGCUGGAGGAGCAGCAGCAGCAGCAGCAGCAGCAGCAGCAUCUCCUCUCAGAUCACAGCAAUGUCUGGGACAGGCACCUGGAUGCUUCCAAGCAUCCCGUCCCAUCCAUGGACUCUGUGUCUCGGGCACAGCACGGCCAGGUCACAGAGAUCACAAUAGCCAAUGAAACGAGGCUAGAGAAGCCAGUGCUGGUGGGGCUGCAGCAACAACACAGAGUCGGCUCAGAGCUGGAGGCAAACGAAACGCUAAAGAUCAUCGAAAUUGACAGAAGAGUUAAUGCUACUUCUUAAAAGGAAGAAGAAAACCAAAGGGAUUUUCUCCCCCUCCCCGCCCCCUUAUCCCUUCCUCUUCUUUCCAACCAAAAGUCCGAGGAACUAGUCACAGGCGGCAGAUCCAGAGGGCAAGAGGGAAGUGCGUGUCUGGGCUCUGCACCGGCUUGGGAGGACCUGGCUUUAAUCUGCAGCUCUUGUUCUUUUCUCUCCUGCCACCCUAGUCUCCAACUCCCUUUUCAUUUGCAUUCUACAUCCAGCACCAACAGGAAGAUUGAAAGGCAGCUGGUAUCCAAAACGUGCUGCUGGUAGAGAUUUGCUGGGAGCAGGCAUGUCUCCUCAUUGAAGUGCAGAGUCAUUGAACAGAGAACCAAGUGGGACUUGCAUCACUGUCAAGGUGGCAGAUGUCUACAGAGUCAAAAAAAGGUGUAAAAAGGGUUUCAUGACAUGACUGUAGAUUCAGCUGAGAAGGCGGGGUUAGAUCUGACUCGUGAUUGGUCUGCAUGAUCUGUUUCUACAGGGAAAUGUCACUAUGAGGUGACAAACAUCCUUCAGUCAUGAUUUAGUCUUAUGCAUAUGUUCCCACAUGGUGAUGUAGAAACGCAACCUCAGGAAUGGCACUGGUUUUUCUUUUCCCCAGUAGAUUUGGACUCAAGUUGCAUCUUCCUUGGUUGUGAAAGUAGGAGGGACUGACUGGUUAAUCAAGUUAUGGAAAAGUAUUGUGGAGCUCCUGAAAAACACUUUCACCUUCAUUCAUCACGGAGCUUGGGAGAGUCAUGUGAUCUUAUGGGAGCACCAGCAAAGCAAGCAGUUUUCAUCGCUGAUCUUGGUAAUCAGAAGAAUUAACAAUUACAAGGAUAUCUUCACCUCAUUGUGACAUUUCCCCAUUUAAAAAAGUGUGGGCUUUGACCCAUCAACUCUUCUCGUGCAGAAGAAUGGAACAAGCUCAGAGUAUUUGGAAGAAGCCCUGGCAAGAUGGAGCGUGCUACUUCAGUUUCUUGAGCUUUAUAUUGCUGUAGAUAUAGGUCUUGCCCUUCCUGUAACAUGGGGUAAAUAUUAGUAAUGAGAAGACUAGAUUGCUGCAUAUCAAAAUUCCCAAUUCUGCAGUCAUGGAAGCUAAAUUCUACAAAAAUGAUUGUGAGCAGGAAUUUAAAAAAAAACACAACCCUUUCAAGCCAUCCUUUGACUAUAAGCAAAGAUUUUGUACAGGCCAAAAUGGUCCCUCUUGAGUUAGUGCUGUGUGAGCUUGGUUAAGUUUUCUGCCUUAUUCUCAAAACUGUGGAAGAGCGAAGGAAGAAGGGAUGCAAUAUUCAUGAGGCAAUGAUGAAAAAUAGGAAAAAGCAUGGGGUAGAAGGCUGAUUCUAGCCCUAUUCACAUGUUAUGUUCAACACCCAUAUGAGUGUACAGUGUGCACAGCUACAGAUCUAUGCACAGGUACAGUUAUUCAGACAUUAUGUUGAACACUGGUACAGAUGUACACUUCCUAUUUGUACCAUACAUUUGAGGGGCCUGUACCCAGAUUCAUUUUUAAAUGAAUGCAGGUACAGUAUUCACACAAACAUGCACAAAUGUACACAUUUCUAUACAGUAAUACAAUAUAAUGUCUGAAUAUGGCUAUUGAUGAAAGGGGCUCAGGAGACCUACAAAGCAAAGGGGUUUGUCUGCCUGGAUACCCGAACCUCCAUCAGAUUCUCCUUAGUCCCAAUGCUUUUAUCCAGCAUUGCCCUUAGCUUUUAACACCCCCUCCCUUGACCUCAUGAGGACUCUAAACUUGUUCCUCUAUCAAAAUGAAAGCAAAAUUGUUUGGGAACUAGUGGAUGCACUAGCUUCCAUGAUUUGUUGCAUGGCCAAGGAAUAAAGCAAUAUCCUUCCUUAUUUAUAUACAAUCAAGAAAAUACAUUUAAUGGCAAAAAUGCUCUUCUCUGCCUUUACUCCCCCCACCCCCACCACUUUGUAUUUUUCCUUUUUGUGUGACUAUACAAAACAAUCCCAGAUUUCCUUACUAUGUUCACUAUGUUAGUCCCCCUCUUGUCUGGUCUGCACGAGACACUUGUGCCGGGGGAAAUGGAUGUUCAGUUGGUACUGGUGUCUCGUUCAGAAAGGACCUUGGUUGCUAAGAUUCCACUGCCAUGCCUACUCCCCCUUGUAAAUAGUAUUUAUUAGUUUCCCCACCAUUUCAUCUGGCAGCCAGGAUGGCAGUCCAAGUGUGUGAAAUCUCUCAAAUGGCAAACUUUGAGAAAUUUCCAAAAUUUGUUUUGGGUUUCUGGAAUUAAAUGUAAAAUCAAUGCAAUCUAGGUAACUCAAGUAUCUUUCCUUUCCCCCUGUUUUUGUUGUUCGUACUCACAUACACACAUACGCACACACACAUACAUACAUACAUGUAAAGUAGGUGGUAGUUGCAGUGAAAACCAGAUAAAGUUUAAUAUCCUGUCUGUCUUAGCAAGUUUCAAGCUACUAUAAAUUCAAAUGAUCACAGCUCCCCACUUUGGACACCAGAGGCCAAUCUUUUCAAUCAGAAAAUUCAGUAAACACCUGCUCUAAUUCCAAAUAACUGGUUGUGAAGAUUGUGGCUGUGUGCAGUGUGUGUGUGGGGGGGGGCUUUCCAGGUCAGUCAUCCUGAAAUCAUUCUAGCCAGUAUUGGAAAGAAUUGCUAAUGUGGAUAUCUUUAGAACAGAACACACACACACUCCAAAUAACACAGCUCCCAGGGCCCUGUGAUAAAAUUAUAGCUGUCUGCUUACAUCUUUCAAAAUGAUAUCCUCUCUUGACUUCCAGUGGGAUCUCUCAGGAUUAUCUGGAAUGGCUAUAUAUGCAGAUGUCAAACUUUCUCUAUUUCAUGCUUUGUGUGGAACUUAAACUUAUGGUGCAUUCAGUGUCCCAACUUCUUUGCCAUUGAUUCCACGUGUCUGAAUGAUUAGAUACUUAGAAAGCUGGUGGGUGGGCUACAAAAGAAGAGGGCAUUAUUUUAAACUCUGUAUUUAUGGAAAUCAAAGCUCAGUGACAUUUAGUCAUGUUAUUAGUAUGUAGAACUUGGCUUUCUUUUGCUGUGUAUAUGCUGCAAUUUUACUCCUACUUUCCCCCUUUGUAUCCACUAUAUUUACGCACAAAUUGAUGUAUUUUUAACACAUUGAUGAUUCUGAACCAGACUGAAGCUGAUGUAAAUUGGUGGUUUUCCAUUUUACAUCAAGCUUGAAGAUCUGCCCCUUUUCUUCAGUUAUACUUGGAAUCAUUGUCCAAAUCUCCAUGUUAAAGCUGGGUUUAAUGUCAAAUUUAUAACAUCAGUUUUUCCCUUUUUGGAAUAGUUCUACAAGUUGGGCUUUUGCUUGCAUUUAAACCUUCAAUUUUGAGGAGUGGUCAGUGUCUAGACCCACUUUGGCUGUCAGUCAAAUGAAUGAGUAACUUUAAUUGCCACAUCAGGAAGACUUCAGUGAAAAACUGGGGCUCUCUCAUGCCAGAAGUCCAUUGUGCAAUUUCCCCACCACCACACGCACGCAGCAUAAGGUGUUGUAUAUUUAGCAUCCUUUCCCCCACUCUAGGACAAAAAUAAUUCUCCUGUAAUUGCUAAUUGGAAACUGGCCUUUUUUUUUGUAUAUUUGAAGGUGAAACAGUAGGCCACUGAUCUGGUAACUAAGAAAGAACCAGAGCAUUUUAAAGGCCCGUGUUAACUUACUAAUGUGAUUGUUAGAAACAUGGGAAGUGGCUUUCUACCUAGUCAGAUCACUGCUCCAUUUAGCUCAGUAUUGUCUACCCAGACUGGCAGUGACUUCUCCGAGGUUGCAGGCAGGAGUCUCUCUCAGCCCUAUCUUGGAGAUGCGAGGGAGGGAACUUGGAAACUUCUUCAUGCAAGCAGGCAGGUGCUCUUCCCAGAGUGGCCCCAUCUCCUAAGGGGAAGAAUGCAGAAGGUUCCAAGUUCCCUCCCUGGCAUCUCCAGAUAGACUCCUGCGUGUAUCCUUGGAGAAACUGCUGCUAGUCUGUGCAAACAAUGCUGAGCUAGAUGGACCAAUGGUCUGACUCAGUAGAAAGCAGCUUCCUGUGUUCCUAUGUAUGUGCUUUUGCAUGAAUGAUGGUACAUUUGUUCAUUUUAAAAGUGAACUUGGGUGCAGGGCAUGAAAAAGACAGGAUACAGACAGAGUCCUGCUGUACAUGUGAAAAUGUGUGAAUAACUACAUAUAUACAGAUCUGCAUUUGCAUAUACUCUGUACCGAUGUUAUGUUUAUUGAACAUAAUAUGUGCCCAGGGCUAAUGCAUAACUGGAUGUAAACAUGGCUGGAAUAAUAAUGGUAUACUAGAUACAUCGGAGUGGUAUUGUCUACAGAGUUUUUCAUAUGCUCAUCAAAAAUAUACCCGUUUUUAUCUAGUAGGUUUGUUCCCAUGUUUGCCAGCAAGGUGGGAGAAGGGCCCAGCCUGGGGAGGAGAGCCGGGUGCACUCCCGAUAUUCGGUCAUGUUUUUGCAAACAUAAGGCAGGAGGCAGCGAGGCUGAUCGUGAGUGAGGCGGCAGCUGGGUAGGAUGGCUCUUCCUCCUACCUUGGUAAAAAGCUGGGGAUGGAAUCAGUAGGGUGCACUUGUCCUACCCAGCUGACCUUGCACAUGGUCACCUACCUUGGCAGUGGACUGAAGUCAAUGAACAGCAUUUAUCAGAGAGAUCUCUUGCAAGGUUUAAACAAAUUUGCCCCUGAGGAGGACCGUUGGCUGAAAUGCAUUGGGCUCAUUAAAGGUUACAAGCAUCUUGA